AUGUCUUCAGGAGUCAAAAUGGGCCAGAUGACUGGGAGUCGCGCAUUCAACCACGAAUCCUCCCAGUCAGCCGAAGCAGAAUACGAUCGCCUUCGCGACCUCGCGCGCGCCGAAGCCUCGAAGCGGGGUAACUGCUUCGAGCGCUCCCGCCAGGCGUACCAAUCUGGCGAUGGAGGCGCGGCGCAUGAUUUGAGUGAAGAGGGAAAGGCGCAUGGUCGCAAGAUGGAACAGUAUAACAAACAGGCGUCGGAUUUUAUUUUUAGGGAAAAUAAUGCGCCGGGGAGGGUCGCGGAUGAUACGAUUGAUUUGCAUGGGCAGUUUGUGGAGGAGGCGGAGGAUAUUCUGGAGGCGAGGAUUAGAUAUGCGCAGCAGAAUAAUCAGAGUCAUUUGCAUGUAAUUGUUGGGAAGGGAAAUCAUUCCGUGAACCAUGUUCAGAAGAUCAAGCCUCGCGUCGAGCAGGUAUGCCAACAAUUAGGCCUUCAAUACGCGACAGAAGAAAAUGAGGGACGUAUGUACAUCAAUCUCCAAGGUGGUCCAGCUACCAUGCCACCAGCACACUCUUGGAACACGAACCAACAGAGCGGUAACUAUGGAGGUCAGCAGCAACAUCAUAAUAAUCAGCAACAGCAUCAUGGUGGACAACAGCAAGGCGGGUACCCUGGAGCGCCGCAACAUGGUGGUCAGAGUCAACAGCAGCAUGGUGGUAAUAAUAAUGAUAAUGAGGAGUUGGAGAAGUUGGCGAAGAAGUUGUUGCCGAAGGUUUUGAGGAAGUUGGAGGGGUGUUGUGUUGUUAUGUGA